AUGCCCAGCGCCAUUGGAACCUGUGUACAAUACUCAACACCUUCUGAUUAUCAUUAUAUGCCCAGCGCCAUUGGAAUCUGUGUAGAAUACUCAACACCUUCUGAUUAUCAUUAUAUGCCCAGCGCCAUUGGAACUUGUGUACAAUACUCAACCCUUCCUGAUUAUCAUUAUAUGCCCAGCGCCACUGGAACCUCUCUGCAAUACUCAACACCUCCUGAUUAUCAUUAUAUGCUCAGCAACAUUGGAACCUGUGCACAAUACUCAACACCUCCUGAUUAUCAUUAUAUGCCCAGCGCCUUUGGAACCAGUGUACAAUACUCGAUACCUCCUGAUUAUCAUUAUAUGCCCAGCACCAUUGGAACCAGUGUACAAUACUCAACACCUUCUGAUUAUCAUUAUAUGCCCAGCGCCAUUGGAACCUGUGUACAAUACUCAACACCUCCUGAUUAUCAUUAUAUGCCCAGCGCCAUUGGAACCUGUCUACAAUACUCAAAACCUCCUGAUUAUCAUUAUAUGCUCAGUGCCAUUGGAACUUGUGAACAAUACUCAACACCUCCUGAUUAUCAUUAUAUGCCCAGCGCCACUGGAACCUGUGUACAAUACUUAACACCUCCUGAUUAUCAUUAUAUACCCAGGGCCAUUACAACCUGUCUACAAUACUCAACACUUCCUGAUUAUCAUUAUAUGUCCAGUACCAUUGGAACCUGUGAACAAUACUCAACACCGCCUGAUUAUCAUUAUAUGCCCAGCGCCAUUGGAACCUCUGUAAAAUGCUCAACACCUUCUAAUUAUCAUUAUAUGCCCAGUGCCAUUGGAACCUGUGUACAAUACUCAACACCUCCUGAUUAUCAUUAUAUGCUCAGUGCCAUUGGAACCUGUGAACAAUACUCAACACCUCCUGAUUAUCAUUAUAUGCCCAGCGCCAUUGGAACCUGUGUACAAUACUCAACACCUUCUGAUUAUCAUUAUAUGCCCAGCGCCAUUGGAAUCUGUGUAGAAUACUCAACACCUUCUGAUUAUCAUUAUAUGCCCAGCGCCGUUGGAACCUGUGUAAAAUACUCAACACUUCCUGAUUAUCAUUAUAUGCCCAGUGCCAUUGGAACCUCUCUGCAAUACUCAACACCUCCUGAUUAUCAUUAUAUGCUCAGCAACAUUGGAACCUGUGUACAAUACUCAACACCUCCUGAUUAUCAUUAUAUGCCCAGCACCAUUGGAACCAGUGUACAAUACUCAACACCUUCUGGUUAUCAUUAUAUGCCCAGGGCCAUUGGAACCUGUGUACAAUACUCAACACCUCCUGAUUAUCAUUAUAUGCCCAGCGCCAUUGGAACCUGUGUACAAUACUCAACACCUCCUGAUUAUCAUUAUAUGCCCAGGGCCAUUACAACCUGUCUACAAUACUCAACACCUCCUGAUUAUCAUUAUAUGUCCAGUACCAUUGGAACCUGUGUACAAUACUCAACACCUCCUGAUUAUCAUUAUAUGCUCAGUGCCAUUGGAACCUGUGUACAAUACUCAACACCUCCUGAUUAUCAUUAUAUGCCCAGUGCCAUUGGAACCUGUGUACAAUACUCAACACCUCCUGAUUAUCAUUAUAUGCCCAGCCAUUGGAACCUGUGUACAAUACUCAACACCUCCUGA